UCUACAUCGGGUUUUUAUUCCCUGACUCUGUGACUGGAAGUUUUAUCACUGAGAACACUCUCUGACUUUGUACAAGUCCUGUUGAACGAAGAAAGAUAUUGCCAAUUCUGCAAUUAGAAUAAAGAAUCAUGGCUGAUUGGGAAGAUGAAGAUUUUGAACCUCCAACUAUUGACAAACCCGUUGUGCCAGCUACUGAUCUGUGGGAGGGAGAAGAUGAAGAGGAUGACAUCAAAGAUAACUGGGAUGAUGAAGAGGAAGAGAAAAAGCCAGAAACACCGAAUCAAGCUGCAGCUGCAGGAGAACCAAAGAAAAGUACAAAAAAGGCACUGUCUAAGAAACUAAAGGAAAAAGAAGAACAAGCAGCUAGAGCAGCAGAGGCAAAAAGGCUGGCAGCACUUGCAGAGAAAACGCCAGAAGAAAUUAUGGCUGACAAGUUGAUGGCUCAAAAGUUAUCUGAAGAAUCUGAUUUUGAAGUUGCUAAAGAUACAUUCGGUGUAACGUCUGCCGAUUUGAUCACAAUAGACAAUUGUGAUCCAAGAACUAAAGAAGAUUUCAUAAAUUUCGAAAAGUUAAUUUCAGAAAAAUUCUCAAAAUAUGAAUCGUCUCCGCAUUAUCAAUCCUUCCUUGAAACCUUAUUUCGGAAUUCUUGCUUAAGUCUUGAUGCCGAAUCUUUGAAGAAACUCAUAAGUUCUUUGAAUGUUUUACAAAGUGAAAAAGCAAAACAAGAAAGGCAAAAGAAGGGUGGCAAAAAGACAAAUAAGGCCAAACUUACUGGUGGAACAAAGGGAGGUGGGAAGGAUGAAUUUAUUGACUAUUCAGCAUAUGAUGAAAUGGAAGAUUUUAUGUGACAAAGUUUUAAAACGCAGGAAAAGUUAAUACAGCUCGUGGUGUUACAGGAAAAAAAACUUUAUUUUAUGUAUUUAUUAGGCUACACCUGGAUUCAGAUUAGAUUUCACCAUCACAAAAUGUUAUUGGUGUCAUAUUUGGCCAUAUAAAUUAUCCCAUUUUCGCAUUAUCAUAAAAGAUUCCUACCCAUGGUCCCUUCAAAUAAACUAUUAAUGGAAUUUCUUGUAAAAUUUGAAACCAUCAUUUUGAAAUCUUGAAAUAAAAAUUAAAAACUGCUUUUUACGCCCAAUUACUUCACACAAGAAUUCACUAUCUUAGACCCUCACAUUUUUAUUAAUAAUGGCAUUCAUGUUUUUGUUGUGGUUGAAUUUGAGCAAAGUAGAGUGGCCAAUUGUAUACUUACUAAAAAUUGUAUUUUAACUCAACAUAAUUAUACUAUUAGUAGGCAAAACGUGUAUAAAAUAUUUUGUGAUUAAAACAAUUUUAGGCAAUGUUAUAUUUACUUAUAGUGGAAUUGUCAUUUGCAGAUUAUUUCUCCACUUUUACUGGUUUAUGUUGCAGUUUCCAUUGAAAUCAAAUCAUGAUUGUGCCAUAAUAGCUGCCUUCAUGGUACUUUGUUGAUUAAUAACAGAAAUUGUUUCUUGGUCCUAUGCAGCGGCAGCAAGCUGCCUGCAAUUACUUUGGUUUCAAUUUUAAUCUGGUGUGCAGGUUGAGCAUGAAUAAUAUACAGAAUAUAUUGAGCAAAGAAUAGCGUGCCUCACAGGAGAAAUUUGAUAAGAAAAAAAGUAUUUUAGGUUUUCGUUUAGAUUCAAUUCCUUAUGUUCAUUAAAGGAUAUGAUAUCUUAUACAGUUUACUUCAUAUACAUAAGUAUUGAUGUCCCAUUGCCAAACACAUAGAAAAAUAUCAUAUUUUUUGGUUCAAUUCAUCUCUUUUAUGCUUUAUUUUGUUGCAUGGAACACAUUGGUUUAUUAGUUGAAACUUUCUAAUAACAGCAAUUGUUUGCACUUAUUUUGAAAAUGAAAAAAAUCAUGGUAUUCUUGCAGGUGAGAAGUCGAAUAUAACCCGAAAAGAAAAUUUGUUUUAUGUAGUUAUCGAGACAUUUAAAACUGCAUUUCAUAUUUGGACAUCCCAUGAACAUAUUCGUAGGUGUGUUAAAUUUUUUAUCAUGAAAAAUAUUGUUCUUUAUUAUUCCAAAUUAAAUUAUGACUAUAUUGGUGUGAAUUUCACUUUAACAUUAGGCUAUUUUGGUAUUUUAAAUAUCUCUUUUAGACAUAUCACAUAGUGUUAUUCCCCAACGUGUUGCUCGUAAUAUUCAUUGGUGAGAAAUUUUUUCACUGGCUGGUAUGUUCCAUUCAUUCUUGGUACAACAGAGUAGUUUUUUUACUAGUAAAUUGAUUUGGGAAUUUACAAUCACUUAUGUAUGCACAUAAUGGUACUCAAAAUCUAUCCUAAAUAUUUUUGAUCCGUGCAUCUAUCCUUAUUCUAUAUUGUUAUUAGCGGGAUUUCGUACUAUCAUGAUGUAAAAAAGGAAUUGCAUAUUGCAGCACACCCAAAUUUGGUAAUAUUCAAUGAUUUUAGGAUUCAAAAUAUUUUUCUUUGAAAAUUUAUUGUCAUAAUCACUCGGACUCUGAUGAUCAGACAUAAAAUACACUUCGUAUCCUUUUUGGGCACUGUUAAAAUUGAAAAAAGGUUUUAUUCGCAUUACUAAAUUCAAGUUCUAUAAAUUUGUAAUAUCUUAAAUCAAAAUCUCCAUUGAACAUGACCAAAUUUUUAUUAUGUAAUAUAUUCAAAUAUAUCCUUUCAGAAAGUAUUUGGAACAGAUGACAAUUUGGUUUAGCCAACCUUGGGUGCUGAUAUCUUGAUCGAUUAUUUGUGCCAUCUUAUUCAAAAAAUUUAAAUUCCUCUGGGUUGUUUCUACCAUUUAGCAUUAUUAUCAUUAUUUUGAAGAAUCUGUGCUGAGUAAGGUAUUUUGGAUUGUUACCUGUGCUACUGGACUUGUAUAAUUUAUCAAAUUGUUAUGUGUUAUUGUCUUCAGUGUGUCAAAUUCGGCGGUGGCAGUUUGGCAUGCGUGGGCAUAUUCGUGGUUUUGGAAAGGAUUCAAAUACAAAAUGGAAAAGGA